UCAUGACUUCUCCACCCUUGCAAAACAUCCUUCCCAGUUCCCAUCAAGUUUGUGAAGAUCUGACGGCAAGGAUCGUCUCUAAAUCCUGAAAAUUUCUGGCAAUUCUGGCAACCUCACACAAAAUCUAGACUUUUGGUAGUUGAAGCUCGCGUUCAUAUCAAAUAUCAAAUACAAGGCAUACAGACCACACACCCACACACCGUAGCAUGUCUUCACCAAUUCACCCUCUCUUUUUCUUUUUGUCUACUAUAUCGCUUUUCCUUUGAUAGGGAGUGACAUUCAUGAUACAUAUCCCAGAUCUACGGAACGACGAUCACUGACGAUCUGCUGGAGCCGAUAGUUUCCUUUUUAGCUCGAGUUACAGAGUUACACGUACAUAGCCGCCUACGUCUGCUGUAAUCUACCUUUGUUGUUUCUUCUUCUAUACACCGCCCGCAGCUGUUGAAAAAAUACAGUCGGCAUGGUCAAUUGGAUUAAUUAACAUCCAUCUCCUCGGCCUAUCAUAAUAACUACCUACGCCUCCUACUGAGUAGGUAGAGGCAUCAUCAACAAUAAGGAUGAGCGACUCUAAUACCGACCCUAAUAACACUCCGCCAGCGUCGGCUGCUUCUCUUUACCUCACUCUCGGGCCUGUUGCUUUGACUGCCGGCGUCUAUUUCACCAUAUUCCUGAUCCUGCGAAAGAGCCAGAGGCGAUACUAUGCUCCUCGAACCUAUCUAGGAAGUCUUCGUCCUAGCGAGCGAUCGCCAGUUCUUCCCAAUGGCUGGUUUAAUUGGAUUAGCACAUUUUGGAAGAUUCCUGAUGUCCAUGCAUUACAGCAUCAAUCCUUAGAUGCUUAUCUUUUCCUCCGGUUUUUACGUAUUCUAGUCACCAUCUGCUUCGCGGGAUGCUGUAUACUAUGGCCGGUGCUCUUCCCCGUGAACGCCACGGGGAGCAACCAAGCUGCUUUGCAGGUAGAUAUGCUCUCUUACGCUCGCGUUGAUAAGGACACGCAGUCGAGCCGCUACUAUGCCCACACCUUUAUGGCCUGGAUCUUCUACGGGUUUGUCAUGUACAUGAUCCUACGCGAAUCCAUAUUCUACGUCAACUUGCGACAGGCAUUUUUGCUUUCGCCUUUCUAUGCUAACCGCAUUUCAUCGCGAACUGUGCUCUUCGUUUCCGUUCCCGACAAAUAUCUGGAUGAGGCUAGAUUACGCAAAGUCUACGGCGACUCGGUUAAGCAUGUUUGGAUCACGGGUGACACAGAGAAGCUUGACGAUCUUGUUAAGGAACGCGACGAGGUCGCUAUGAAACUAGAGAAGGCCGAGGUAAAGCUGAUAAAGCUUGCCAAUGCCCAACGCAUCAAGUCGGCUAAGAAAGGGGGUUCUAACAACGAGAGAGCUGAAGUACCCGUGGACGCGGAGUCGGGUAGCUUAGCUGCUCGCUGGGUUCCCGAGAAGAAACGGCCCACCCACCGACUUGGAUUCCUUGGUCUUGUAGGCAAAAAGGUCGACACUAUUAACUGGUGCCGGGCUGAGCUUGAACGCAUCAUCCCGGCUGUCGAGGCUGCGCAGGGAGAAUACCGUACUGGAAAAUUCAAAAAGAUCCCCAGUGUCUUCAUCGAGUUCUACCGCCAGGCAGACGCCGAAACAGCCUACCAGGUUUUGUCACAUCACCAGGCCUUACAAAUGACACCCAAAUAUAUCGGCAUCACGCCUGGCGAAAUUGUCUGGGGUGCGCUUAAGGUUUCAUGGUGGCAGAGGAUUGUCCGAAGAUUCGCAGUACUUGGCUUCAUCGCCGUACUCAUCGUCUUCUGGGCGGUUCCGGUCGCUGUGGUCGGUGCAAUUUCGAAUAUCACAUAUCUUGCUAACCAGGUCUUCUUCCUUAAAUGGCUCCUGUCGAUCCCUGACGUCGUCCUGGGAUUCAUCCAGGGGUUGCUACCCAGUGUUGCCUUAUCUAUUCUCAUGUCGCUUGUACCUGUAAUCAUGAGAUUAUGUGCCAAGCUCUCAGGGGAGCCUUCCCUGUCGCGAGUCGAGCUAUUCACUCAGAACGCGUACUUCUUUUUCCAGCUUAUUCAAGGCUUCUUGGUAGUAACGAUCGCAUCAUCAGCAACAGCUGUCGCAGCGCAAAUAUACCAAAACCCUGGCUCGGUUACAAGUAUUCUAGCGGAGAACCUUCCCAAAGCCUCUAACUUUUACAUCUCAUACUUCAUCGUACAGGGUCUGGGCGUCGCCGCAAGCGUGCUCGCUCAGGUUGCCGGAUUCGUAAUUUUCACGCUCAUGUACAAGUUCCUAGCAGGGACACCACGUGCUCUCUAUAAUAAGUGGGCAAACCUCAGCGCCAUAUCUUGGGGUAGCGUAUUGCCGGUAUACACCAAUAUCGCCGUGAUCAGUAUUACGUACGCUGCCAUCGCGCCAUUGGUGCUUGGUUUCGCCACUGUCGGUCUCUCGCUAUUCUACCUCGCAUGGCGUUACAAUGUUCUCUUUGUCACGGACACGGCUGUCGACACUCGGGGCUUAAUAUAUCCUCGAGCAUUGAAACAGCUCUUUUCCGGCAUCUACAUCGCCGAGCUGUGUAUGAUUGGAAUUUUUGCUACCUCGGUGGCCAUCGGCCCCUUGAUUCUUAUGAUAGCAUUCCUCAUUUUUACUAUUCUAUUCCACGUAACUAUCAACAGCGCUAUCGACCCCCUACUUUAUAACCUCCCUCGGACUCUUGAGGCUGAGGAGGAAUCAAAGUCCUUGCACGUGGAGAGUCCCACUCGAGACGCUAGCUACUCUACUGUCCAAAACGGUGAACGGGAUGGUAUCUUGGAUGCCAAGAAGAUAUCCUCUGGUGAUACUGCUGUUGCGGGGAAGAAGCCAGGGUUUUUAGCCAAGUUCCUGAAGCCGUGGCAAUACUGCGAUUAUGAAACGUUGCGCAAGCUUGUGCCUCAUGACCAGGUCGACCCGAAUAACUUUUACACAGACGAGGUUGAACGCAACGCCUACUUCCCACCUUCGGUCAGCAGUGCUUCUCCGCUGCUUUGGAUCCCCCAGGACCCAAUGGGCAUCUCGAAGCAAGAGGUCCGGGAUACUAGCAAGGUGAUCCCAAUCACAGAUGAGGGAUGUAUACUAAGCGACAAGAACAAACUAGAAUGGGACACGGAGACUGUGCGACCACCUGUUUGGGAGGAAAAGGUCUAUUACUAAACUGAAUGUUUGAGGUUUAAGCCUCGUGGUAUGAGAUACCAGACUCACUCAAGAAUCACUACAAUGCAGAUUUAGUCCUACUAUGGCUUUCUCCAUGGUUGUUUCGAACUUGUCUUCUGUUUCGGGCUAUGAUAUCAAAUUUGAAUCACCAGUAUUAGGAUGGAGGUUUCGUUUUAGGUUGUUGAAGUCAGUGAUGAUUAAGGAUAUCGCUUACAGGAGUACUGAAAUGUCUAUUAUACCCUUCCAAUGAAGUUUUGCGAGCGUCAGGUUAAUUCCUGACUAUAAUAAUGAAGACGAUAGUAUUAAAAUAUGAUGGUCCUUUGUUGUAAUGAAUUCGUUGCUUGGC